AAAACCCUAGUUCGCUGCGGCACCAACACUGUGUUGAGCGGCGACCCAAGGUGCUCCACGCAGCGAUGGAGUGCGGCCGCGCAGGCAAGGACGAGGCGGAGGACCGGCUCAGGACCGACGAGGAAGAGGAAGAGGAGGAAGAAGAGGGGUGGGACGACUGGUGCUCGGACGGCGACGACACGGCCGCCGCCGGCGGAGGCUUGCUGUGCCUGUUCUGCAUCUCGCGGUUCGACACCGAGAGCUCCCUCUUCUCGCACUGCGGCGCCGAGCACCACUUUGAUUUCCACAAGAUUAUGAGGGAGCUGCGGCUGGAUUUCUACGGAUGCAUCAAGCUCAUCAACUUCGUUCGGUCCAAGGUUGCGGAGAAUAAAUGUUGGAGCUGUGGCCAAGCUUUCUCUACCAGCAACGAACUCUGUAGCCACCUGCAUGCCCUGGAGACUUACAAAAUUGAGGGGAAGGUUCCAUGGGAGGACGAUGCAUACUUGAAACCGUUCAUGGAAGAUGACUCCCUUUUGCACAGUUUGUCCGUCGACAGUGAUGAGGACGAGGACUGUGGAGUGCCAAUGGAAAAAGGACAGUGCUCAUCAUGGAACGGGGUGUUAGCUGAGCCACGGGAGAACAACCUGAGUACUGUAACUGAAGGAAAUGGUUCUGAUAUCAGCGCUAGAUUUGAGCAAGAGUGUACUAUUGGGAGUACUAAAGAGGAGGGCACUGGGUCUCUUGCUCUGGAGCAGAAUGAUACACAGCUAAAGAUCGCACAUGCUAGUGUUACUGCCAAGGCAAUCAAAAGUGUGGAUGAUAACUACUUUGGGUCUUAUAGCUCAUUUGGCAUUCAUAGAGAGAUGCUCGGUGAUAAGGUAAGAACAGAUGCUUACAGAGAUGCCCUUUUAGGCAAUCCUAGCCUGAUGAAUGGAGCAACUGUACUGGAUGUUGGUUGUGGCACGGGAAUUCUAAGUCUUUUUGCAGCCAAGGCUGGUGCUUCUAGAGUCGUUGCUGUUGAUGGAAGUGCAAAGAUGGCUUCUGUAGCUACCCAAGUUGCAAAGAAUAAUUGUCUGUUAUACAAUGAAAAUAUGGAAGUAAAACAAAAGCGAGGUCCUCAAGUGAUAAGCGUUGUACAUACCAAGGCUGAAGAGCUAAACCAGAAAGUACAAGUUCCACCGAAUGGCUUUGAUGUGUUAGUGAGUGAAUGGAUGGGAUAUUGCCUGCUGUAUGAAUCUAUGCUAAGUUCAGUUCUGUAUGCACGUGAUCAUUUUCUAAAGCCUGGUGGUGCUAUUCUCCCAGAUACUGCAACGAUUCUUGGUGCUGGUUUCGGGAAAGGUGGAACUAGCUUGCCGUUUUGGGAAAAUGUAUAUGGUUUUGAUAUGUCAUGUAUUGGGAAAGAAGUAACUUCAAAUUCAGUUCGAUUUCCUGUAGUUGAUGUAGUGGAUUCUCAGGAUAUUGUGACAGAGACGGCUGUACUCCAUUCCUUUGAUCUGGCAACUAUGAAGGAAAAUGAGAUGGAUUUCACUGCAAGCUUUGAGCUAAGGCUCAGCGAAAGUGGUACGGUUGUACCUGGAGUAACCUGGUGCUAUGGCAUUGUCUUAUGGUUCGACAUGGGAUUCACUGACAGAUUCUGCAAGGAGAAGCCUGUCAUUCUCUCCACCUCUCCGUUCUCUACUCCAACUCACUGGUCACAGACAAUCUUCACCUUUGAAGAACCCAUCGUGAUGGCAAAGGAGGAAUCUCUUCUUGGCUCAUCUGCAUCAGUUGGCACAGAUGAGUGCCCGGCUGUGGUGAUCAAAUCCCGCAUAAGCAUUGUGAGGGCAUCUGAGCACCGUAGCAUAGACAUAUCCAUUGAAACCACAGCAAUCAGUUCAGAUGGCCGCAAGCGUGGCUGGCCUGUUCAGAUAUUCAAUUUGUGACCAAUCACAUGCCCCUUUGGGCUUAAAUUUUGCUCCUUCCCUACCGUCCUCUGCCCUGAACUACAGUUGUUCUCAGUGUUUGAUUGUCACCAAGUUUUGCAUGCUGAAAGUGAAUGGAGCACUUUGCCGUACUGGAGCAUUAAAGAUUGAUGGCCACGAGUAAAGGUAUGGUUGAAUAGGAAUGGUCAGGUUGAAUAGGAAUGAUAUUCAGACCGGUUUGCCAAAACUAUAUUGUAAUGACUUGGCGAGGUUGAAAGCGAACAGAAGGUAUUUCAGGUAGUUAUCAGACGAGAUUUGGAUUCACAUGAAUUCAGAUAAAUCUUGAUGCCAGUUCAAUUCAAGUACUGUAAUAUAUGCACAUGUUUGGACUUUCCGACCUUUGGCUUCACGACACUGUCCACAGAUGUAAAAUCUGAAGAUGUGUACCAACAUAAGUUCGACAAAAAAGAAGCUCGAACUUGAUGCUUUGGUCGGUCAUUGAUGCAACCUACUAUGUAUUGCCACAGUUUGCUGAGGACUGAUUGUAAUUCUUUAAGCUGUAGCUAUGCGCCUGCUGGGCUGCUAGAGUUUGCAUAAACCCGGAAUUCAGUUAGUUGUAACUGUUAGGCAAUGGGAUAGAUAAAUUCGAUAUAAUUCUAGACAGCUUGCUAAUCGUUGUUGAAUUUGGAGA